CACGUCCGGUGAUUGCCGUGAAGCAGCUUGCCGCAUCCUCGGCUCCCGCUUAUCAGCUGAAAAGGACGUCGAGGGCGUUGUAUCUCCGCACAUCUGCGCUGCAUAGAUUUAUCAUUUCCAGACGUUUGUCUCUAUUCAAGCUUCCAGCCGGUCGUUGCUUCGAUAGUUGCUCGAGCGGCCAGGCAGAAACACCUGUGGCGACGGCAGCCUCAUUCCCCAGUGCUCCGUCCAUUUCACGAUGAGCCACGUGUACAAAACGAAGGCUCACGCGGACAUCUACGUCAAAUUCAGGCCCUCUCCGCCUCCCGCUCUCAUCGAGCAGAUCGUCAACUUCGUCAAGGAAAAGGCGAGCCUCCGUCUGGCGGUCGACGUCGGCUGCGGUUCUGGCCAGAGUUCCGGAGUGCUUGCCCCGCACUUCAGCCUGGUACACGCGUAUGACCUGUCUGAAGCUCAAAUCGCGGUGGCUAAGGCCAACAACCGGAUCACUAACCUCACUUUCAGCGUUGCCGGUGCGGAGUGCCUCCCGGAAGCCGACAGCUCGGUGCAGCUUGUCACGGCGAGCCAGAGUCUCCUGUGGUUCGACAGGGACAAGUUCUACGCCGAGGCGGAAAGAGUGCUCGUACCAGGAGGUGUCCUCGCCGUCUACGCCUACGCCACGCCGAAGCCUGUGGCCGAGGACCAGGCCAGGCUAGACGAGCAGCUGCACAACCUGCUGAACACGGGUGCUGGGACUAAGUACUGGAGUGAGAAGAGAACAGUGACCGACAACCUGUACGAGGGAGUACCCCUUCCCUGGGAGGACCAUGUCCGAGUGAACUGCAUCGAAGACAGGAAGGUGCAGACAGUGGCCCACUACGUCAACUAUAUCCGCAGCUGGGCGAGCUUCCAGGACUUUUUAAACGAAGAGCCCGCCGAGGCGGAGAGUCUCAUAACGAGACUGACUUCAGUGUUGAUGGACACGUUCUCUACAGGGCAAAGCACACCGGAGUCGACACCGAUCGAAGUGAAGAUUCAAUUCUUCCUGCUUAUGGCCCGCAAGCCUUUGGGUUAACACGCUGGAUCAACACCAAAUUGCCCCAAUAUGUGUGUGUCGUCUGGGUAGUCUCGACUGGGGUUGUCAAGGCUGUUUUACUGUUGAUUGUGAUCGUUUUAGAAAAAAAAAAAAUUGUUGUUUUCAAAUCGCUAAACUUUUCGAGGUCUUUGCUCUAGUCCUGGGGUUUUCUACUCCCGGCCCGCGGGCCAGAUUCGGCCCGCGAAAAUCUUUUGACCGGCCCGCGUUGGUCGCAAUUUUUCCAAUGGAGGCCGGUUCGCGACCCGCUUCUUGCAGACGGGCUGCUACUGGCGCCAAAAGGAGUGCACAUAAAGAAAAAGAAAGAGAUAAACAGCAUUGUGACUUGAUAAAA